GCGAGCCACUCUUCGCCUGUUCGCGCGCGCGCGCGCGCGCGCCUACCGGGACCACCGCACCACCGGGUGUCGUUCACCGCUGGCUGAUGUGCGUCCCGAUGCUUUAGAGAUACGGGCACUCCGCACGCGUUACACACGUACGCAUAUACAUAUAUACGUGUUAUACAUAUAUAUAUAUAUAUCUACGUACAAUAUAUAUAUAUACACGGCCGGGCGGCGGAAGUGUUUUGCUCGAUCCUUCUUCGUCUCGCGCGCGCAGUCUGUGCGCUGUACGGAUUAACACGGGGCCUUUAGAUCGCCCCGCUGUCGGCGACGCUCGAUCUCAUUGGCGAUCUCCCGCCGAGUUGUCGGGUACGGCCCAUCGAGAGAAGCGAACCCGCGCUCGUGUCGUCGCAGACCGGAGACACCUCCCUGACACUUGGACGCCGAGCCCGCCGAGCCACCAUCGAGCUCCCGUCCGUGUCCCGCCCUGGACACGCUGAUUCGCCCGAUUCGCCCGCCACACGACGGGUUAUGUUUCCCACCUUCAUCGGGAUCCUAGACAUUCAAUCGUGGUGGGAGGUGCCAAGUAUAGCACACUUUUGCUCAUUAUUUAGAGCUGCCUUCAAUCUUCUGGAUUUUGAUAUUGAGGAUUUGGAAGAAGCUUUAUUGACGGACGGAGGUACCGAAGGACGACUGCUUCAAGAACUGAUAGUAAAGUUACUGGAGGGUUGCUUGCCAAAUGACACUCGCAAUGACAUCUCUACUUUUAAUUAUCAGAUGUUUCUGCGUAGACUUUUCCGCAAAAAAUGUCAAGAAUACAAAUGUGAAAAUCCUUUCAACACAGACGUAGACUUUGAAUUGUUACCGCUUCGUCAAAAGGUAGAAAUACUACGUGCCCUCUGUGACUUCAGGCUCGACGCCGAAGACGUAGAGCAGUCGUUGAGCAACUUGGACUCGGAUAGCCUGCGAGUCGAACCUUUGGGACAUGAUCGUAAGAAUUCUGCCUACUGGUACUUCUACGGCACUCGACUGUACCGGGAGGAUUACAUUGAUACUUCUAACAGUGCCUCACACAAACAGAAAAGUAAGCCAAGGGAUAAAAAGCGUAAAAAACGACGGAACAGAGUGGCGAAGGAGGAACAGGAAGAGGAAGAGAAGGAGGAAGCUAGUUUAAUAAAUAGCGGCAACGACGGACGAGAGAGCGUUUGGCAAGUCGUUUGUUUUACCCAACAAGAUUGGAGCAGAUUGGUUGAAAAAUUUCGUGAUUCGGAAUACGACACCGAACGCAAACUUUAUCGUACUUUAUCCGAAGACUUUAUGCCGGAAAUACCAAAAUUGUUCGAUUUAAAAGAGAAACAGCAACGGCGUAAGCUAUUACAACGUAAUAGCUCGCGAGUGCUUCGUAGCCAAGAACCUGCUACACAGAUGGAUGCAGUCAUGGUCAGAUCCAAGAUCAGGACUAAAACAACCAAAGGGACUAAAAAAGGGACGCAAGCUUCAAAAUCUUAUAUUAAGGAGGAGACUUCUCCGCCGUUACCGACGCCACCGGUUCAGAAAAAAGGACGGCAAACAAACAAUUCUUUGGCCUCGGCUGUUGGUCAGAUUGUAAUUCAUACUAGGGAUGAAGUAGAAGACUUAGAAAAGAAGAAGGGUGUCGGUAAUCAUGGCGAUGGUAAUUACGUAUCUCAUAAUUAUGGCUACAAAUAUGGCUAUUCCUUCGGUAUCGAGGAGGAGGAGCGUUGUGUCGGCAUGCACAAAGUUCUUGAAAGUGUCAAAGAUCACGUGGAUGCCUGGCCAUUCAUUGAGCCCGUGGAUGAGGAUUAUGCGCCAAGGUAUUAUAGUGUGGUGCGCAGGCCAAUGGAUCUUAAAACUAUGGAAGAGAAACUGGAAAAUGGCUCGUAUAAAAAUUUAAAUCAGUUUAAACGCGAUUUUCGGCUUAUUGUUGACAAUUGUAGGCAAUACAAUGGCUCAGAUAAUGAAUACACGGAUAUGGCGAUUAAUCUUAAGGAAGCCUUUGACAAAGCCGUAAGUCGAUAUUUAGAGUCAGAGACAUCCAGUGACGAAGACGCUACAUCUCCUCGGUCACUGGCCGGAUCGCCUACAUCUUUAUCAUAUCCUUCACGUCAUUUACCUUCUUCGCAACAUAACGCACGUAAACGUUCGAAAAAAUCAACAAAAAAGUCCAAAUCAUAUAAACCUGAGAGUAAAACAAAGUCUAAGAAUAACGAAAAAGUAGACGAAGAUGAAAAGAGAAAUAAAAGUAUUAAAGUUGCGAAAAAGAAAAGGGGAAAGAAAAAAGGUAAAAAAGUAAAAGAGGAAGAAUUGGACGAGGAUGAGGAGGAACAGGAGGAUCAGGAAAAUGAAGAUGCAAUAUCUGAAACUAGUAUCGUAACGUCAAAGAGAAGAAAAAACGUUGAUGUAAAUAGUUUACUUAAAACCAAAAAACAAUCUAAGGAAUCUGAAGGAUUGAAAACAUCUAAUAAAAAGGCGAGCAAAGAACGACAUCAAUCGAAAAAAGAUUCGGAAAUUGUACGAUCUGCCAAAGAAAUGAAAGAAAACAAAAAGCGGAAGGAGGAUUUCGAGGAAGAUUACGAACCUCCAGUAAUUGCGAGAAGUAAAAGUAGAAAGAUAGAAAAGAAAGAACUUGAAGAAAUUGCAAUAUUGACAGACAAUACUAAGAAGAGCAAAUUAAAAAAGAUCGAAGUGGAAGAAAGUGACACAGUAUUUGAAGAGGAUAAAAAACAAUCUUCCUAUGUCAAAACGAAAAAGAAUCGUAAGAAAGAAAAGUCGAAUUUAAAGACUAUAACCAAGUCUGAUGAAAAAUCCGACAAGAGUUAUAUAAAGCAAAAAAAUAAGAAAUCAAAACAAAAGGAAGAAUUAAAAAAUGGAGAGUUAAAGAGUCAAACAGAUUCCAAAGAUGUAGAAUUAGAAAGUGCUUUAGAUUCCAAACAUACUCACAUCUCUAAGAAGCUCUCCACGUUAAUUGGUAAUAAAGAUGUAGACUCGCUCGAUAGUUUAAAGGAUAAGAUAAGCGAUAGAAGACGGGAAGAAAAGUUAAAAAACGAAAAAGAAAAACAGAGGAAAGCGGGGAAAAGUGACACUCACGGUGUCCAUUCCAAAAAAGUGCCUUCAAACAGUAGUACUUUUCACGACAAUGAUAAAGACAGUGCAAAGCGAUCAAAGUCGAAGAAAAGUACGAAGGAAGAUAAGACGGAUGAUACAAUUAAGAAACAUGAUCCGGAAAUCAGUGAAAGUAAGAAAAGCACUCAUGCUAAACAUACCAAAGGACUGGGAGCAGAAGAAAACGCUACGAUUCAAGCAUUAAAUCAAGCGACGGAGAAAACACUUCAUGACAUUAACAAGUGGCUUGACGACGCGCCCAGACUUUCGGGCUUUUCUUCCGGUAGUGAUUCGCCAGUGCUUCAUACCUCUUCGAUUGAAUCCAGUCGAUCAGGAUCCAAAGUCGAGGCUGCGCGAAAAAGACCAAGCUCUAUCAAAAUAUUUGGUCCUCAUGGACCGAGUCGACCGAAGAAGAUACAGCGUACAAUCGAUCGUUUGCAACCUGGCAAAAGUAAGGGAAAUUUACUUCUGAAGAAACCGCUUAAUGUGCCCAGCGCUAACGCCAGUGAUGCCGCGAAUUACUCUAACAGUGAUAACGAUCAAUCGAAUAAGGAUAACGAUGAAGAGCCGAAGCUCAGUUUAGGUACUGUGUUGAAAAACGUAGAUUCCAUCCAAUUAAUCUGCAAGAGUUUAGUAUCGUCACCUAAUCCUAAUUUGUCGAACGACGAGGAAGAGGACCACUCUUUUACCACAACUCAAAUGGCUGUUAAAGAAGAAAAAAGUGCUAAAGAAGCUACGAAGCUAUCGAGCACAGUAGAGGAGAAAGAGGCAGUUCGAUCUGGUACGGAUGAAGCGCAGAAACCGAAAUCUGCCACACCAAAUUUGAGUGCCUGGAUCAAAGCCUUUGGAGCGCCAAAAUCAAAAAAGAAGGACGAGGAAGCGGAAGAGGCUGCAAUGAUAAAAAAAGAUGGGGAUUCGCAGGAAGCAUUUUGCGGCAGGCAACGACGACUGAGCACCGGUGGUAGCAGUGUCAGUGAAUCGGUAUCUAGUUUCUCUCAGGAAUCUCCACCGGCGCUACGCGCGGCUCAUUCCCCGCAGUGCCAGCCCGUGAUAACUCAAACUGAACCAAUAAGAGGUGCGGGAUUUUAUCAGGAUGCACUGUCGGCUGGGAGCAGUCCCUACAACAGUCCCUAUUACGCGACCCCACCAAGAUACAGCGCGCAAUUGCCACCCACUCCAUCACCGCAAAACCAUCCGUUGUCCCCGGCCUAUCCAUCUUACGAGCAACCACCAUCUGUCUAUCCUCAGGUACACACGCAGCCGCCAUAUCAAUCGCCGUAUCAGAAAUCGUCGCCCCAAGAUAACGCUGAGGCAUAUCCGCAAAUGUCUCCGCAACGUUUCCCGCAACAGUUACCAGCCAGCAAUCAGAAUCAAUCACCCGUUUAUCCCCAACACUCCCCGCAAGCGAUACAGCCAGUUUAUCCUCAACCGUCGCCUCAAACACCACCGUCGAAUUAUUCACAACCCUCGCCGCAACAACCAGCUACCCCGAAUUACUCGCAACCAUCUCCACAACAGAAUGCGGUCGCCAAUUAUUCUCAGCCUUCUCCCCAGGCGGUCACAAAUUAUCCGCAAGCUUCUCCACAACAGCAGCACUCCCCCUACUCACAGUCGUCACCUCAAACACCGCCAAAUUACUCGCAACCAUCUCCGCAGCAGCACUCUCCAUAUGCGCAAUCCUCGCCUCAACAACCUGCUGGUUAUGGUCGUUUGUCGCCGCAACCACCGCCUGCGAAUUACUCCCAAUCUUCGCCUCAACCACCCAACGCGUACGCGCAGCCAUCUCCUCAGCCGCCGAAUUUCUCUCCGUCGUCACCACAAACGCACCCGGCUAACUAUUCUCAGCCAUCGCCGCAACCUCCAAAUUCGUAUCCGGCUCCGCAACACGAUCGGAAUUACUCGCAAUCAUCGCACCAGCAAAUUCAGACUUUUCCCCAGCAUUCGCCGCAAGCAUCAUCUCCGUUCUCCGAACCGUCACCGCAGAACAGUCCAUAUUCCCAAUCGUCGCCGCAAUCGCUGACCAAUUAUCCGCAAUCGUCUCCCCAGCAACCGGCAACGUACUCACAUCCGCUACACUCGCCGCAGACACCGCCAAAUUACUCGCAGCUUUCGCCACAACAGACAUCCGGAACGGCAACAGCGACGGCGGCGGCGACAGCAGCAGCAGUGAAUUAUUCGCAACCAUCGCCUCAGUCUCGCAAUUAUCCGCAAUCCUCUCCUCAACAAAAACCUACGUGCAAUAUUGCACAACCACCACAACAAUCACCUGGUUACCCUCAAUCUUCUCCACAACAGACCGCCAAUUACUCUCAGCUUCAGUCGUCGAAGAACUCGGAGGAGUACGCUGCUCAAGCUACGGUGCCACCUGCGAAUUAUCCUCAGGACUUCAAACAAAAUCCCUCGUACAUUCAACAAUCACCUACGAUAUCGUCGUCUGUAAACGAAACUGAACACCGGACGGAAUACCUAAAGUCUAACACCAAUGAAAAACCUGCGACGAGCGAUCAACAGAGAAAUUUUCCCGUUCAAUCGGAAUCAUUAAAUUUGAAUGCGAAUCAUCAGAUCUAUCAGUCGCCGAGUCAGUAUCCUCCAACGUAUCCAAACAGUUUUUCCAACGUCGAGUUGCAGAGAUCUGCUUCGAGACACAGCAGUCAGCAACAGACACAGCAGCAACAACAAUCGACACCACAGGAGUCGCGGACCGGUUUUACCGAGAUACAACCACGCGGUUUCCUCGGCAAAGCACCGUCCGGUAGCAGUGAUCAAUUACCCACACCUGCAUCAGAUCAACCGCAGUUGUUGGCAUUUCAACAGAACUUGACAACAGCCCACGAAUCGCUCUAUCCAAGUGGCUUCCAGCCAUCCAGUUACUCGCUACCGCCGAACUCGAGGCCAGUGUAUCCUAGUCCGCAUUAUUUCGACGCCGGUUCCAAGUCUGCUGGAGGUGGAGGAACGUCUGGUAGUCCCUCCAACAAUCCUCCUCCGAUGAAGAAACGUGCGUACGAGCCGCCUUCCAGCGAGUCCAACACGCGAGGUCUGCCACAAGAGAGCACAGUGACGCGUCCGAGUCAAGAGCAGUUUCCGAGUUUCGAGCCGAUGAUGACUCUUUCGCAACCAGAAGCCGUAUCGGUCAGUCAGUUUGAUGGCACGCCGUUCGUCGGUGGCUUGGCCGAUUCUAUGGCGACCAAUUCGGCAUAUGCGCGGCUUAGCCUCGGUCUAGUAGGUCGGGCAUCGAGUAAGGAGCAGCAGCAAUUACUAACAAUUCCACGACCACCACCUGGGACGAAGUCAGAGCAUCUCGCCGCUUACGGUCGCAGUACCGCGCCCGCCGAGCUUGAACAGCUUAAUCUGCUACAAAGCUUGCAGGCGGCUAAAAACAGCCAGGGUAUUCUCGCUAUAUCGCGACGAUCUGGUGAGAGCGAUGUGCGAACGACUCCUAUGAGCGCGAUAACGCCCACCGUGACGCCGUCCAAGACGAAGAGGAGUCGGAAAAGCAAGCAUCCGCAACAACAGGAACAACCGAGCGCAACAGUCGCGGCGACGACCGUAACGACGACCUCGGUCGUCGCAGCGGCCGCCGAUCAGCAGCAAACUGCUGGAAUGCCUGCUUUCCCGCAGUACGCGACCGCCUCCGCCGCGACUGCGGCCGAUUCCAUCAGCGCCUUGAAGACAGCUGCGGUGGCGGUACCGCCACCCGCAGGUAGUGCCUUCAACUUCGCCGCCUCCGCCAGCGGUGCGACCGCCGGCCAUGCCCCGCCGUUCCCCUACGACAAGGAAGCUACCGCAGCGGCCGCGUUUGCCUUCCUAACCGAUGAGUUUCGCAAUCCGGGCAGUUACUACAACAUGGCUCUGCGACAGCAGCAACAACAGCAGCAGCAGCAACAGUCGCAGCCGCCUAUGGUACCGCCGACGGUGACCAAUGCCUCCGGUCAGCCGACUGCCUGUAACAAACUCAGUAAUCAACCACCACCGAGGAACUAUCCGCCGCCUCAUUCAUUUCUUCACUCGGCCGCCGCAGCAGCUGCCGCCCAGAGAUCAGCAGCGGCGGCGUAUGUUCCGCCGGUCUCCGCUUACGUGACGCCACAUGGGCCCAAUCUAACGGUGGACCAGGCCGCCUAUCAACAAUAUAUCCAUUCGCUCUACGCCCUCCAGCCACCACCACAUCAUCACCGACCAUCCUGGCUUUAGCCACUAAGAUCACUACAAAAUCGGUCCGUGAUUCGAUGAUGACAGAUUACUCUUCUAACGGAUUUUGAAAUGUACCGCGAUGAAGGGAGAGCGUUUGUUUGAGAUCCAAAGGGAUACCAAAUAUUAAUCGAAAGUCUCUUGGCGAGCGCGCGAGAGAGCAGUGUAUGCCCUUUUUAUCUUAUCUUGUCUGUUUUUUUUUUUUUUAAACUCACAAGGGACAUCCUCCUCGCGACUUGUCUUUUCUAUUGUUUUUUACGUAAUUGACGUCGUAUCCGUAAGGCUCUCUACGGAAUUAGGUGAAUAACCGUUUGUAGAUUUCUUUGACUGCAGCUUCCUUUUUACGAGCAACCGUCGUAACUCGAGUAACUUUGACACUUUUACACCGUUCGUCGAAAGCGGAGAAGCUUAGCUUCAAAUAUGUACAUAAAGGACAAGUCUACUUUCGAUAUAGGAAUUUUUGAUAGUUUUCUAAAACGAGAUUAACCGGCAGGUUCAAUAGCUCUAAGUCGAGAUCGCUAGCGCCGAGAGUAAGUCGAUUCACAAGUUGUCUAUCAAAAGUUCCUCCGUGUGCAACGUCGGAAAAAACAUAUUCGCGAAUAAAUAACAUAAAUAUACAUUGCUCUUUCCAGCAAAACAAUCAUACAGUGAAUUGUUUCAUUUUUGUUUAACAUGUUCCAUGCUGCCAUGAGUCACUGUUA